GAUACGUCACUGAAGACUAAGCAGUGUGUCUAGCUUCAUUUUUUACAUCUGGAAGUAUCUAGACGUGAUAGCUACGAUUUUGCGAAGAUGGUUUGCGAGAAGUGCGAGAAGAAACUGGGGCGGGUCAUCACUCCUGAUACCUGGAAAGAUGGAGCUAGAAACACAACAGAGAGUGGUGGUCGAAAGCUUAAUGAAAAUAAAAUGCUGACAUCAAAAAAAGCCAGGUUUGAUCCCUAUGGCAAAUCUGGAUUUGCCACUUGCAGAAUAUGCAAAAGCUCUGUCCAUCAGUCUGGUUCACACUACUGCCAGGGAUGUGCUUACAAGAAAGGAAUUUGUGCCAUGUGUGGGAAGAAGGUUAUUGACACCAAGAACUACAAACAGACCUCGGUUUGAUCUAUUCUCUCUUGCUGGAGAUUUUGUGUUUAGCUGAGAAGAGGAUGUUCGUGGAUGAUUAUGUUGACUCUACUAUGUGUUGAGAAUGAUCAUUUAGGUUCACAAAAGAGUUUAAUUUGCAGUGUUUUAUGGCAAAGUGCUGUGAAAGGAGUGUACUGGAUUAUGACUGUAUUUAUAUGAAAAUAUGUCAGUGGUAUUUUUCUCUCACUUAACCUUAGAGCAAUAUAUUGGCUUGCACUGUUUGGACAAUGUAGAUAGAUGCCUUCUUUAAGUAUAUUUGCUGGAGAAUAUUUUUUGUAAAUAUUCUCAUUCAUUUUUUUUUAGUAAAUAAUUUAUCAUUUUAAUACUACCAAGCA